CUGGGCACCCCCCGCCACUAUACCGCCCAUGCGGCCAGAUGUUCUACCGACGACGGUCAUCUCGACACGCAGUCGCCGUGCGGACACAUCUACUCCCGCGCCUCAAGCCUCAUCAUCAUCGUACCGCACACCGGCUAUCGUUUCCCCACCACCCGCACAGGCUAUCGUCGACGAACCCGACACAAGAUCCCCCGCGACCGCCGCACUACCGCUUUCGCUUUCACCACCACCAACCGGGGAAUUUGUGGCUCACACGGAAAAUACUCGAAAAAAUAUCAAAAGGAAGAUGGCGCGAAUGAAUAAAGCUAAUAAUCGGGCAGGCUUCAUCGAGAUUGAGUCUUCGCUCAAUCGUACAAUCGUGUGGUAUUUUAGAAAAAAUGCCGAUAAUGCAGUCAGUUACCGUGCGUUCCUAAAUUCUAUAGAGGCCGAACUAAUCACAAAAUUACGCGAACACACCUGUAUUAACCCGAUCAAAUAUAACUUGAAACUAGAGGCUACAUACGUUAUACCCAACUUGCAUAAUUCGGCUCAAAAUCGGGCGUUUAAAACUUCGGCCCGAGAACUCUAUGCCCAUAGCAACGUCGAGGGUUUGGUCGAUCGCGAUUUCUCUACUCUCCUGGCGGAAGAAGAUUGUUACGCCGGAAAGUAUAGUGGUUUUUCAUUAUCGUCCAUCGAUGGACUGCUCUUGGGUGUGUACGAGUACACGCCUAUGGGGGGAUCGUCGUACUUAUCGUUGCCGGAAAGUAUUCUGAACCGGAAGGCCGUUAUCAACCCACAAAAUAUUGACCGGCAAUGUUUUAAGUGGGCGAUCCUAGCCAAACACGUAACACGCGAUCACGUACGAGUAGGCGUGAAUUAUUCGAGGGAAGAACAUCGUUAUGACUUUUCCGCACUAUCAACCCCCACUCCAGUGUCGGAGAUAAAGGUAUUUGAAGAGAUGAAUCCCGGGACGACCGUCAAUGUAUACGGUAUAAGGAAUUGCGAUAAAAAAAAUAAUAAAAAAAAAAAAUCGUCCACGCAAUCUGUCGCGUACCCUCUGCGAAUCGUGGAUGAAGAAAAGGAGAAUCAUUUUGACCUGCUACUGAUUACCGGGAAGGAUGACAAGAAUCAUUAUGCGUUCAUUUCUAAUUUUUCACGCCUAGCCAGUUCGCAAAAAAAUAACCACCAACAUCGAUUGUUUUACUGCAAACGGUGCUUCGCCAGUUUUGAGGACCGCCCAUUACAAUAUAAAUUACAUGGAGAGAGGGCACUGGCCAAGCAUCGUUUACUGUGCGGCGCACACAAACCGGUUGUCCCUCUAAUGCCGAAAGAAGGAGACACGCUCAAAUUUGAGGCGUGGUGUAAGACGGAGCGCCUGCCGUUCGUGGUAUACGCUGACUUUGAAGCCCUACUGCUGAAAACGGGGCGAAAACAAGGCACGAAUACCGCGGCGAUUCACGAACACCAUCCAAUGAGCUACGCGUACCAUGUUGUCGCGGCGGAGGGCGUCCCGACAGAGUUGUUUGACCAGUUCGACAUACCGCGAGCUCCGGUCAUUUUUCGAGGUUCGGCGACCGAGGACGAUGUCGCCAAACGCUUUGUCCGCGAUGUGCUCGGUGUGGCCGAUAAAAUAGCCAGAUUAUAUAAGGAAGUAAAUGUACCGAUUAUUAUGAGUGUUGAGGAUUGCCGCGUGCAUGAAGCCCAGACAAUGUGUGACUUGUGCAGCUGUGCGUUUAGCGAACAGAACUGUAAAACUGCACACCACGACCACUUGUCGGGCCGCUUUCUUAAAACAUUAUGUAACACGUGCAACCUUAAGUUGAAAACGCCAAAAUUCGUACCUUGCUUCCUACAUAAUCUGUCCAACUACGACGCACAUUUUAUCGUGACAAAUUUAGCGAACGACGACAAUAACCGAAUAUCGGUAAUAGCGAACACCGAGGAAAAGUAUAUUUCAUUUUCGAAGUAUAUAAAUAACUCGUUCUCCGUCAGGUUUAUAGACACGUGUCGAUUCAUGGCCUCAAGCUUGGCACACUUGGCGGAGAAUCUCUCCUCCGCGAACUUUGAUAAGUUUCGCGAAGUCGCGAAAGUGUUCGCCCCGUCGGAGAUGUCGUUGGUCACGCGGAAGGGCGUUUAUCCUUACGAAUAUACGGAUUCGUGGGAUAAAUUGCAAGUACCAUCGUUACCAGACAAGUUCCAGUUCUACAGCGCUUUGACGGAGACGCACGUGUGUGACGAAGACUACGAUCAUGCGACCAGGGUUUGGAAUCAUUUCGGCUGUACAACGCUUGGCGCUUAUAGCGAUUUGUACCUUAAAGUCGAUGUGUUGUUAAGCGCCGAUGUGUUCGAAAAUUUCAGGGAUAUAUGUAUGGCCACAUAUCACCUGGACCCCGCGCACUACUACACGUCGCCCGGAUUCAGCUUUGACUGCAUGCUACACUUUACAAAAGUUCAACUUGAACUUUUAAUUGAUUUCGAGAAAGUGUUGUUUUUGGAGUCUGGUACGCGCGGUGGCCUGGUGCAGGCCAGCAAGCGUCACGCGCGCGCCAACAAUCCUGAGACGCCAGGAUACAAUGCCGAAGAACCCAACACGUCGCUCAUAUACUUAGAUGCAAAUAAUUUGUACGGGUACGCGAUGUGUCAGUAUAUGCCAAUUGGAGAUUUCGUAUGGUACUCGGGAAACCCAGAGGUCGCGCUAGCGCAGUUAGAAUGGAUGCGCGCGACGGACGACAUUGGUAGAUUUUACGAGGUGGAUAUUAUAUACUCCCAGGAUCUGCACGAUGUUCAAAACGAUUUGCCGUUCUUGCCUCACUCCAGCAUACCACACGGGUCGACUGUCCGAAAGUUGAUGGCCACAUUUCAGCGGAAAGAACACUACGUGGUACAUUACAUGAAUUUGAAACAGGCCAUGGCUCACGGCGUGGUAGUCGAAAAAACGCACAGAGUGUUGGAGUUCCGACAAUCUCCGUGGUUGGCCCCGUACAUUAAUCUCAACACCGAAUUACGCAAACAGGCGAAAAACAAAUUCGAAGAAAAGUUUUUUAAGGAUUUAAAUAAUUCAGUGUACGGGAAAACUUUCGAAAAUAUGAGGUUACGAUUUAAUUUGGAGCUUGUAUCGUGUCCAGUCAGAAUGCGGAAGCUGAUAAAUCGUCCGACGUUCAAGUACUGCACGACAUACAAUGAAAAUCUCUCGGUUGUCACGCAACAUACUAAGGAAGUGGAUUUCUGUAAACCCAUAUACAUAGGAUUCGCCGUACUGGAACUGAGUAAAGUUGUAAUGUACGGGUUUCAUUACGAUGUCAUGAAGCGACAUUACGGCGAUAAGAUCGAGCUGCUAUACACAGAUACCGAUUCACUAUUCUACCGCGUGACGACGAACGAUUUCUUCGUGGACCUGAUGAAAAAUCCUAAUUUGAUGCGGUUUAUGGACACCUCGAAUUUCCCACACGACCACAUGUGUUAUACGACUGCUCGGAAGCGUAUUCCCGGAUGUUUUAAAUUCGAGUGUGGCUCCAGAACCGUUUACGAAUUCGUUGCUUUGCGUGCCAAGUCUUAUGCGUACGACGUCGAAGAGGAGAUUACCAUUCGCGCGAAGGGUGUUAUGGGGCACGUGAUCAGAAAUCACCUCACUUUCGCCGAGCAUAAACGGUGCUUAUUCGCCGACGUGGACGACGAUGCAGAAUCCGACGAGUGUGACAACGAGUUCGACGCUAGUAUGGGGAAAAUGAUCGCAGCCGAUUCCGCGCUGAAAGCUGUCGCACAAAUUCAUCGGAACGCCUCAACCUCUGCAACAAAUUCACCGUCGACCACACAUCCGUCCCACGUUUACAGCUACAUGCCAUUCACGCCGUAUAGGGAAAAUGUCUCUAUACGGUCGUUUAAACACGAAUUGCGUACGAUUAGGACUAUGAAAUUAGUUUUAAACAGGGCUGACGAUAAGCGUCAUGUGCUACCCGAUAACAUUUCCACGUACGCACACGGUCAUCACCGCAUAAAUUUUUAAAUUGUUAUUAUUGUUAUUAUUAUUAUUGUUAUUGUUAUUAUUGUUCAAUGAUCUCAUAUCUGUAUAAAUUGUAUAAUUGCGAAAUGUGUCUGCUGCAUACUUAUAUAAC